AUCUAAUCUGUUAAUAUUUUUACAAAUUAAAACGCAUUAAUAAAAGCAAAUAACAUGAAUCAAAGAAGGUUUUUAACUUUGUCUCACAACAUUUUCACUUCCUGUCAGAUCGACAGCUGAAGAUUGGACGAUGACGAUGUCAAGAAGUCAAAUCAGUGCGUUAGUGUUCAUUUUAAAAGUCAGAUUUUAGCCCGACUAAGGCAAUAAUUCGGUUUUCGCAAUGUCAUGUAAAUACGUAUGUCCGACGAAAAUCAAGCUUAGUUGCACUAACGUACCUGGAUAAUGUGAUUCAUAGUCUGACUAUUUCUGCAUGUAUACACUAAGUCGGAAUUAAUGUUAAUCUGGCAUAGUUUCAGUUUACAAUAGUUGCGAUUGCAGUUACAUUGUUGGGGUUGUGUCUGAGGAGUAUGUGGUUCAAAUGACAAAUAUGUAAAGUGAGAAAGUCAUUUGAUUUGAUUUAAAAUGUCAAGAUGCCUGGUAAGUAACCACACUUAUAUUAUUACUACUGGUAGUUACGUGAAAGAGCGACAAUUAAAGGAGAAUUAUCUCAUCUGCUUCUUCUUUUCACACGUCUCUGAUAAUCCCGUGAUGAAAGCUGUGUCAUCCACCUCCAUAAAGCAGGUGCAGAGAGGAGUCCGCUCCAGGAAGAAGUGUCAGUACUACGAGGGCUCUUUCUACAAAGACUACAGACACGGGGAAGGACUGUUCUGUUGGCCCACAGGCCACAAGUUCAUUGGCAAGUUCUACCUAAACAGAAAAGAAGGAUAUGGUCAACAUCUGUUCCCCGAUGGAGCCUCUUUUCAGGGCUUGUACCAUGCUGACCAAAGGUUUGGUCCAGGUGUGGUCACUUAUUCAGACGGACGUCAGGAUGUGGGUCUGUGGCUUGGGCAGCGCCUGCUGAGGCUCUGCACUGCUGUAGAUGAGGCCUUUACCCUGGAGAACUUUCCUGAAUAUGCUCCCUACAUGGACCCAGCUGCCACCACUGACUGUCUGACUCAGCCUCCAGAUCUCUCAGGACUUGCUAGGACACGCUCUGAGGCACAUACAGACAGAGACCUGCUGUCAGAUGAGAAAUAUAUCUAUCCCGCCAACAUGGAGAGUUACUCAACAGACGGCGACCACCUGCCGCUGCCCCCGGGCCGCAGGAGUGAGCUGGAUCAGUACUUUUAUGGCGAGCAAUGGGAGCCCGGCGCUGAUCUGCACCAAGGCUAUGAACGAGACCCACUUUUUAACCUUCCCUUACAGGCUCGCAUGCAGGCUCACGUGUACAACCACAGACGACAGGCUGAAAAUGUGGGCUGGGAUGUGGCAGCCGUUCUCUCUCUGGACAGGGAUGGUUUUGGUCCUAAAGGGCCUCUGGAAGUGGACUCGGAGCAGUUCAUCUGUCACGCCGGCCGGGGGGAAGUGCAGGCUGUUCGUCAGAUCCUCAAAACUGGUUUGGUCCACCCUGACGUAGCAGAUUCACAGGGACACACUGCACUGAUUGCUGCCACGGUCCACUGCCAUAAUGACUUGAUCCAGCUGGUGUUGGAUAUGGGUGCUGACAUUGACAAACUGAAUCAUGAAGGCAUGUCUGCCCUGGCCGUGUGUCACGUUCUCUACUACCCUUUCUGCUCUCUGGACACCACCUUGGCCAAACCACCUGCCAAAACUCAAGCUUUGUUGUCCCUGUCUGCAUGUGGGAACAGUCCUCAGAUCAGCCAAGUAGACUCUAAUACAAACACAACAGAGUCUUACAACAGACCUCCGACAAGUACCGCAUCCCUGAGUGACCAGAGCCUUAUCUCUGACCAGGCAGCAGACGAACUAACGGAGCACAAGUCAGAUCACGCAGGUAAAACGUGCAACGACAGUGACCUCGCCACUGAGAGUCGGGCUGCUCCAGAGGAGAGAGAGGAAGGAGGAGAGCUGCAAAUGAGUGAGAAAAGAAGACAUAAGGACGACGGCGGAGGGAGCAAAAGGAAGGGAAGGGGUGUUGUUGAAGAACAUGAUCAACCAUGGGAAAGUGAAAAUUGUGUAAAACAUUUUGUUGAAUCAAGAAAUGGAGCUGUUGAGUUGGACGACUGUGAGAGUGUGAGACACGUUCUUAAAAAGGACAGAGAGGAGAGAAAAAGUGUGCACCGUUCCAUUCAGGUGCUGGAUGGUCACAUCGCACUGGGCAGUGUGCAGUGGAGGGAACGUUGGGUUAGUACAGCGGUAGUCAUUCAGCAGGACAAGGACAAAGACAAAGACCUGACCAAAAAGCAGAGCUUUGACUCUGCCUGCUCUCUCAGCAGCUACAGCAUCCACGUCACAGAGGAGGCGAUGCAGCGUUCAGCCGAAGCUCUGAGUCGCACCGGGCUACUUCAGUUCUCUAACACGCAGGAGACCGUUCGCAAAAUGGCUGCCAUGAAAACUGAGCAUCGCGGUUAUCUGAACACCCUGGAGUUGUUAUUAAACCGGGGAGCGGACCCCAACGUGUCCAAGGUCCCCAUGCCUGUCCUCUUCUUGGCUAUCAUGGCUGCUGACACUGAGGCUGUCAAGAGGCUGCUGCUGUGUGGUGCUCACACCGACAUUCCCCUUCCACCCGAGAGGAAAGGUCUUUACCCUCUCCAUGUGGCUGCAGCACUGCCAGGUUCUGCAGGUUGCAUGAUCACAGAGCUGCUGUUGCACGCCGUCACUGACCCAGAUUUACAGGCUUGUGACCAGGACGAGAUCUAUGAGCCAGACAGGGCUUUCAUGAAGUCUCAGAAACCACCGAGUGUCAAACAAGGUGGCAGUACGCCGCUGCAUGUAGCCUGCCAACGAGACAAAGGCUACCAAGAUGCCAGUACGGUGGUGGCCCUCCUGCUCUCACACAGCGCCAGGACCGAUCUCCUCUGGAGUGGACACUCACCGCUCUCUUUGGCCAUAGCUAGUGGCAAUGAACUGGCAGUAGAGGAGUUGCUGAAAAGAGGUGCAGAUCCAAACAUCCCUCUGGGCCGUGGUGUGGGCAGCGCCCUCUGUACUGUCACCAACUUCAGUUAUCCCUUAGAUGGCAAAAGACCCAACCUGCUGGACAUGGUGGUGAAGGCCGGCGCUGACGCCCUGAUGCCAGUGAUGGUGGGCGACUUCAUGGGAACCGCAGUGGACUACGCACACGCGUCGUUUUACCAGGACUUACGGAUCGCCAACACUCCCUUCCACGCUCUGAAUGUGCAAGAGAGGGAGACGUUUAUAGCUCGGCGCCAGCUGCUGAGCACAAUGGGAGACCUGCUGAGAGAGACUGUCAUAAAGAGAGAGGCAGAGGCUCUAGAGAGAGAACGACAGCUCCUGCUAGACGGUGGCGCAGAUCCCUCACGACUCCACUUAAUGGGAAAACAUAAGAAGUCGUCGUUUAAGUUCUGCUACCACUGUGGUCUCUCUGCGGCCAUGAAGCUGACGGCAUGCACUCGCUGCAACAAGGUCUACUUCUGCUCCACGGACUGUAAACUGAAAGCAUGGGAUGAAAGACACAAGGAGGAGUGUGUCCGGGUGUCAGCGUCUGCCAAGAAAAGGAAUAAUACUGACCCCCCGGGGACAGCAGAAGCAGAUGGAGCAGAGACAGAUGUGGAGAGCCAAGUCAACCCAAAAGAAAACUACAGCUGCAACUGAUGGACAAUUGAAAUUUAACUUUGCACUAAAAAAAUUGUUUUAUUUAUUUUUUCUUUCCCAUUUCACCUCAACCAGCCGAGGCAGAUGAUCCAGGUUCUGCCAGAAAUGUAUUUAUUUAUUUUUUCUCUCCGCUGUCGCCAAAUCCUUGCUCACAGUUUAAAUAUUAGGUUUCUCUUCUUCAGGUUCGAGCCUUACUGUAUCAAGUGCUGAGAUUCUCAAGGUCAGAUGUGUCAAACUGGCGGCCCGUGGGCCACAUGGGGCCCCUCCAAUCAUGUCAUAAGGAGCUCCAAUUCCUUUAAAACACCGUGUGUGUGGCCAAGGUGCAGAUAGUAUGUUUUAUAGAAAUAUUUGUAAUAGUAAGUAGUGUAGUAGUUCAUUCAAUAUUAAAUUACACACACAGACACAUAUAUAAACAUAUAAUUAAUGACAUUUG